ACAGUGAUAGAGGAUUUCCUGCCCAAUCAAUUUCCACCACCCCCACCUCCCCACAUAUCACCUGCAGCUAUUGAGUUUUCCAAUUUGUCCCCGACAACAUUUUCUUAUCAGAGAGAAGAUAAAUCGGUGGGAGUUAUCGCACCAGCGAGAGAUACACAAAAACCCAAUGAGACUUCCAUCAUGCCCAGUGACUCACCUGAAAUAUUAAAUGGGAUUUUAGUUAAAUGUGUGUUCUUGAGUGAAUUUUUUAAACGAUAAAAAAAGAGAAAAGCUCUUUAUUGACUCACACACGAGCGCUAUACCAAAGGAGAGCGAAAGACGAUGUGUUGGAGAAAAGUGCAAUUACAUCUUGAAAAAACAUUUAAGCUUUACAACUUAACACUUUUAUAUCUAAUCAAAAAAUAGGAGUAGUUAUUGGUAUAUUUUGUGUUUUUUUUUCUCAGAAACAGAGUUGUGUGUUUUUCCACGCGAAAUCAACACCUUUUUCUCACCUCCAUCAUCUGUGCCUCUGUGUGAAAGCAUUAUUCGUGGCAGCAAAUAACCCACAUUGAUUCUAGAACUUGUGUUCCAUUUUGCACAGAAAAUAUUAUCUCAAAUUUCGUACUGAGACACUGAAAAAGUAAAAAAAAAUACUGAAGAAAAAAAAGAAAACAACCAACGGAGCAAAAGAAGUUAAGUAAUCCCACUUGUGUGAAAUCGAUAAAAUUCGGUGGUACAAUCAAUAAUAGCCCGUGUUCAAGUGAGAUUUCCACAGUGUGGAUUUUCCCCCCAUAGAAAAUUUGUAUUUACAAACAUGAAUUCAUAAAUCAUAAAAAAUAAAAGAUUUCUUUGUGGCCUCCAAGUGUAGAAAAGAUCACUUUUUUCAAGUGAAAACGGAAAAAUUAUGUGAUUUCGUGUCUAUUGGUGAUAAAAUUUAAAAUAUUUCUUUAAAGAAAAAAAAAACAUUUAUUCGCUACUCACAGUGUUUUAUGCAGGAAAAUAAUAAAUAAUAAUAUAAACGAGUCACGAGAGAGAGACGGGGGUUUGCUAUACUACUCUAAAUUCCUGGCACAACGUCUGGAGGAAUUUUCCAAAGGAGUGUGGUGGCGUCACAACGAAGGGGAAUGGCAACGGCAGCUAAGAAAACCAAACCCACCCUUGAGGAUUAUAUUUUCGACAUGGAAACAAGACCUCCAGAUGCGGGAAAAUCCGCCGAGGGUGAUCUCUGGGCGCAGUUGCAGCAAAAGGAAGCUGAUCUCGUCCUAGCGGCUGAAUUGGGAAAAGCUCUACUGGAAAAGAAUGAGGAAUUAGCCAAGCAGCAAGAAAAAAUCAUUGAAGAGUACUCGGCAAAGCUUGAGAACUUGGAGCAGGAAAAGCAUGUGUUGCGUCGAAAAUUGUCCAUGGCACAGAGUGAUGGAGAUCAACGAGUGCUGGAACUUCAGGCGGAUCUCAAGGAAUUCCAAACGAAAUUGGAGGCGCAAGAGCAGAAUGUACGACAGGCAGAACGGGAGAAGACCCUCCUGAUUGAGGAGCUAACAGCACAGAAUGCCCGCCUGACGUCACAACUGCAAGAAGCAAAUCAUCUUGAGGCCCAACUUACGGCACAAUUGCAGGAAGUACGAGAUCAAUACAGUUUGCGCAACACGAGCUUACAGGAUCACGUGAGCAGCCUCGAGAGUCUCAAGGAUGAACUGCGCCUUGUGGCUGAGAAGAAGAGUGAGCUUGAGAAGAGAUUGCAGGCGUGUGUGCGCGAGAGGGAUGCCCUGAAUUCCGCACUGGAGGAAGCUUCGGAUCGGAUACAUUCACUGGAACGGCAUGCGAGAGAGCAGGAGACAAAAUUGCAGACCACCAUUCGGACACUGGAUCGCCUCCAGAGGGAGAACAACACGCUCACGGAGCGGCUUGAGUAUGCGGGCAAUCAGGGAUCACCAAAGUCACAGGGUCCGCGGUCACUUCUUGCUGAGAUGGAGUGCGAAGAGGAGCUCGAUGGUGCGACGGAGGACCAUCAAAAUAAUCUACAUCUACAUCCCAUCAUUAUGGAAGCAAAGGCUGUCUACAAGCAACUCAAGACACUCUGUGGUACCCUCAAGAGUACUCAUGAUGAUGAUUCUGGACUCCAUUCGGAUUUAUCCUUGGGCUCCAUGGAUAACACAAUCUCCUCCCAACCGUCGGAUUUUGGACUGAGUGGAGCAACAGAUAAGGAGCCCUUCCGGCAGGGGAUGCUUUCAGCUGCAGCUGAUGAUCUCAUGAGGAGUAUCAUGGCCCUCGAUUCAGUACACUUCAAAGCGAUGCUGGAUCAAGCUAGAGGUACUAAUGCCGACCAGGAGGAUGAACUAAGGCGACGGCAGGACAUUAUUAUGGAACUCGAGAGCAAGCUCUCUGUAUGCGAAGUGGAAUUGAGUAGUGCUCUGGAGGAGAGAGAUCAAGCGAGGAAGGAUGCGAGUCAGAGUUCUCUGGCGCAGGAUGAAGCCGUGGCACAGGCAAGACUUGAUCGGGAUAAUGCCGUGUCGAGGAGGACAAAGGCUGAGGUGGAUCUGGCAAAGACCCGCGUGGAACUGAUGCAGGCCAAUGGGCAACUCCUUGAGGCCAUUCAGCAGAAGGUUGAGCUUUCGCAGCAGCUGGAGCAGUGGCAGAUGGAUAUGCAUGAACUGAUUGAGGAGCAGAUGAAGAUGAAACUCAAUGAGACAAAUAGGACGCGGCAAGCCAAGUCAGAAGCUCCAGCAGUGCCUAAGAGAUCAUACAGAAUUCUGAGUUUAUUUCAGCGAUGAUCACAUCAGCGGUCAUCACACCACCAGAGCAACAAUUCCGUGUGCAUUUAAUUCUUCUCAGAUGGCAUUCCCAGCCCUUUGUGUCCUUUCCUCCUUCCUGGCACACACACACCUGGCGAACCAGGGGGAUGAGACGUGCAUUGAUUUCCCCCCGCGUGGGAAGCACCUUCAUGUUGUACUUAAUUGGACCAAAUUAAUUUUUAAUGUAGCCUAAUUUCUUUUCCACUUUCUCCCUUCCAUCGAUGGUAGUUUUUUUUUACGAUAAUUUUUCCUGCUCCUUUUCCUUCGAUUAAUUUAUUACCAAUUGCGUGUUAUAUAUAUUUUCUACUUUACAAUACUAUAUACCUACUAUAUAUACACAUCUCUUCUGUGCCUGAGUCGAAAAAAAAAACAAAACCGAGAGAGAGAGAGAUUAAUUAUAGAGAAAAGAAAAACAUUCCUUAUUCGACCGAAGCUUCAGUCUCUCCCCUGUUAAAUGUGCGCAGAAGAUGAUUGAUUUUAGGUAUUACCUGCACCUACAAUUAAUGGAAUUCCUAAUUCAAUCAUCGCGCAACUCUAUGAGCUGUGGCUAUAUUUACAAUUUUUUUCUAUCGAAGACGAAAAAGAUUAACCCCCAAAGAAUUUAAUCCUAAAUAGAAUAUUAUUAUUAAAUAAAAUUGUAGGAGAGCUUGUUGUGUCAGAAUUUUAACUGAUUUUUUUCUAUAGAUAGAGAUUCUCUUAUAAAAUAAUAUUGUACUUAAUAAAAAAUAAUAAUAAAUGUUACUAUAAAAAAAUCACUUUAAGAAAUAAAACGAAAAAUAAGGGAGAUGUUAUAGAGAAGCAAAAAAAAAGAAAGCAUCCUUUGCACGUCUUUGUAAAACCUACAAAAUUUUACCAUGUUGAGUAUAAAUGAGAGAAGGCGAAAGAAGAGAAAUAAAUAAAAUUUUGUGAAAAACA